AUGACACCAGCAUUUACGACAAUUUGUCAGACCAUCUCAUGCCUGUCGAUUGCCGUCAACCUUUAUCUGCUACUCGUAUUCUUUUGGUGUCCACUUAAGGCUGUGAAAUCCUACAAAUAUUUCUUUCUAUUGACUGCGCUGCAGGACAUUAUUUAUUCGUUCUGCGUAGCCGCCGCUGUUCCUGUGGCUAUUGCGGAAAAUUACUCACUCGUCUUUCUCGCUACCGGACCACUUCGUGCACAUGCGUUGGGACAAGUAUUUGUAACUGCAUUCGUUUUCGUGUUUAUCACAUCUAUUAUGCUCAUCGCUAACAGUUUCCUGUAUCGCUAUCUCUUGGUCUGCAAACAUCAUCUCUUCCAUCAUAUUAUGGAUCCUCGAAAGUUCUUUAUCAUAGUAUUGGUUAAUGGAGCAAUUUUUGCAAACUGGGCGGCGGUAAUUUCCAUAGUGUGUUGGCCGAAUAAAGCUUUUAUCGAACGCAUCAGCCGAGUGGCUCGUACAACGACUGGACUCAAUCCAUUCGAAUGUGCACAGCUUGGAAUAUCCAUGAAAUACGACUUUAGUGUUCUCAAAUUGGCGCUUGCGAUUGGGACCGUUAUUUUCUUGGCUCUCACCUCGACAAUUGUCAUUUAUUCUGCUAUAAAAAUACACACUACCCUCAAGAAAGCUACGAUCAGCAAGAGCUUGCGAAAACUACACGAGCAGAUGUUCAAGCUUCUAUUGCUUCAGAGUGCCUGUCCUUUCAUGUUCCUUCACGGACCAUCAUUCAACAUUGGUAUAUUUCUCUUCUCUGGUCAGAGCACCCCAGCAAUCAUUGCUUACGCGGUCACAAUUAUGAUUUCGCUCUUUCCCCUUCUCACGCCAAUUAUAAUCAUUGCUUUUCUCAAAGACUACCGUAACCAUGCACUUUCAACAUUGAGGCUUUCUCGACGAAUCAGUACAAAUACAACACUUUUUGUAUCCGAAAUGAAAACAACCGCUUGA